AUGAACGCCGUUCAUGGUACUGCACCCCCUUCUUAUUCCGUCGUUGAAUCAGAUAAUGUCCGGAGACUGUCCGCAAACUCGUCAUCCUCUAACUCCGUAUCUUCUGGCUCGCCAUCCUCGGCAGCACUUUCUAUGGAUAUGGUAUCUUUGCAUUCCUCUCUUCGAGAUGAGGAAUAUGAGAUUGAGCCCAAAACAAGCUGGAUACCUCAAGAGCCCAGAGAUCCGAGGCGCUCGCAGUGCCUGCUCGAAAAACCAGUAGUUAUCCCUAGAGUAGACUUUGCUGGACCUCUCAAAGUCCCAUUGCCUUUCACGAGAUCAUAUAGUCCAGUUCUGCAGGCUCAUGGGAUUUACGAAGAAGACUUUGUGGCAUUCCUUGACAAUUUGACCGUGGCUCAAGGCCCGCCUGCUCCUUUGGCGAUGUUAAACACAGUGGGUAGCAUUGCAGGGCUCGUACCCUAUCAUUGGGCACAAUUGGCAGGAGGCAUAGCAAAUGUGACUGCAGGACUAGGGACAGCUGCUACUCGAAUUAUUCGGACCAAGCUGUUUCUAGAUAAGGUCAACCGUGACUACUUCGAGCCUCGAGGCCUCAAGGCGUCGAUAUGUAAAUCCAACACUCUGGCCGCCAGAGUGGGAUGCGGUGAGAGGCUCCCAGAGCUCUGGCCUACCACACCAGAGACAUAUGAGAUGAGUUUGCAAGACCGCCGAAUGCGGACUCUUGCUCCAUAUGUCGCCCCUCUUAGCUUUGAAGUCCCGCCACCUAGCAAAGAAAGAAAUAUCGUUGACAGAAUGACCGAAAAACAGAUUGAGCGGGCUGUUAAGAAGAAAGAAAAGCAGAGAGAAAGGAAAAGAAGCAAAAUCAGGAACAGCAACCAGGAUCAGCCGCUUGAUAAAUUCGAAUAUGUUCAAUGUUUAGAUGCCAGCCUUACUGACAAAAAGGUGCCGAAAUUGGAGAAGCGGUACGAGAGGAACCAACGAAAGAUGGAAAAGGCUGAAAGGAAAGCCGCCGAGAAAUUGGACAAGAAAGAGCCACUUGAGUCCAAAAAAAUCAAGAGGAAGGAAGAAAAGAAAAUGAGGAAAGCUGAGAAGAAAUGUCAGAGAUUGGACGAACAUGAGAAAGAAGCCAAUUCAAGGCGCGCAGACAAAAUGACCAAGAGUCAGGCCAAAGACCGGAAGAAGUCAGAGAAGAUGGAGUUUCUAUUGAUAGAGUCUUGGACAGACUAG